UCCUGUCGCGUGUGACCUGAACUGGCAGUGAGAGCCGUAGGGAGGACGCGGGGACGCCCGGAAGCCGGGACAUGGAUUCAAUAGACUUUGAGGAUGUGGCUGUGAACUUCACCCAGGAGGAGUGGGCUUUGCUGGAUCCUUCCCAGAAGAAUCUGUACAGAGAUGUGAUGUGGGAAACCAUCAGACACCUGGCCUUUAUAGGGAAAAAAUGGAAAUAUCAGAACAUCGAAGAUCGGUACAAAAAUAUUGGGGGAGAUCUAAGGAGGCAUAUGGUAGGGAGACUCUGUGACAGCAAAGAAAGUAGUCAAUGUGGAGAAACUGUCAGCCAAAUUUCAAAUCAUAAUCUCAACAAGAAAACCCGUCCUGGAGUAGAAUUGUGUGAAGGCAGUGUGCGUGGAGAAUGCUCCAUUGGUCAUUCAUCCCUUAAUGGGCACAGCAGAGCUCAGAGUGGACAGAAACCAUAUGAAAAUAAUAGAUACUAUGAAUGUGAAGAAUGUGGAAAAGGCUUCAUUUCUCUUGCAACCUUUCGAAGACACAUGAUAAUACAUGCAGGAGAUGGACCUUAUAAAUGUAAGAAAUGUGGGAAAGCUUUCAUUAGCCCCCGUAAAUUUCAAAUACAUGAAAGAAAUCACACUGGAGAAAAACCAUAUGAAUGUAAACAAUGUGGUAGAGCUUUAAGUAGUUUCAGUUCCUUGCGAAUGCACGAAAGGACUCACACGAGAGAGAAGCCCUAUGAAUGUAAAAUAUGUGGUAAAGCCUUCAGUCUCUCCAGUUCUUUUCAUUUACAUGAGAGGAUUCACACUGGAGAGAAACCUUAUGAGUGUAAAAAGUGUGGUAAAGCCUUCACUUGUGCCCGUUAUUUUCGAGUGCAUGAGAGGACUCACACUGGAGAAAAACCUUAUGAGUGCAAAACGUGCGGUAAAGCCUUCAAUUGUUCCAGUAACUUUCGAAUUCAUGAAAGAACUCAUACUGGAGAAAAACCACACAAAUGUAAUGAGUGUGGGAAAGCCUUUAAUUGUUCCAGCUCUUUACGGAAACAUGAAAGGACUCACACUGGAGAGAAACCCUAUGAAUGUAAGAAAUGUGGGAAAGCCUUCAGUCGUUCCAGUUCCCUUCGAAAGCAUGAAAGAACUCAUAACAGAAAUCCUUCAUAAGCAAUGUGGAAAAGCUUUCCUCAUCACACAGCCUGUCUAGCACACUUGAGAGUACAUAAUGAAGAGAAACCCUAUAAAUUUAAAAAGUGUGGCAAAUCCCU